AUGGCAACAUCCACCACGUCCAGUCCCGGGGGCCGCGGCCCCCUCGCCGCCGUCCGGGACAUCGACCACCUGGUGCUCACCUGCGCCGACGUCUCCGCGACGCUGGCCUGGUACACGACGCACCUGGGCAUGGAGGCGACGAGCUUCACCUCCGAGGCGGACGACCGGCCGUCGGUGACGCGACACGCCCUGCGCUUCGCCUCGGGCACCCGCAAGAUCAACCUGCACCAGCGGGGGCGCGAGUUCGAGCCCAAGGCCGCCACCGCCCUGCCCGGCACCGCGGACCUGUGCUUCGUCGUCGACGACGCCGUGGACCUGGCCGCCGCGGCGCGCGGCUUCGAGGACGCGGGCGUCACGGUGCUGGAGGGGGGUGCCGUGGUGGGCAGGACGGGGGCGAGGGGGGGGAGGAUCAGGAGCGUCUAUGUGCGGGACCCGGAUGGGAACUUGAUUGAGCUGUCUCAGUACGUCGAGUAGUGACGUGGGGGACUUACACCAGAGUCCA